AUAGAUAACAAUGACUCGAUAAUACUUAAAAACAACCGACCAGUUUUGUUUGGUAUUUUAAAUCGGGUAGUCGACACACAAAAUAUGGGGAAAAAAGUUUUUGUCGUCGGGGUGGGUAUGACGAAGUUCGUCAAACCAGGUACCGCUGGUGAUUACCCUGAUUACGCCAAAAAUGCUGUCGUGGACGCCCUAAAUGACGCCAAUGUCAAAUACGAAGAUAUCCAACAAGCUUUCUGUGGAUACGUCUUCGGAGAUUCGACCUGCGGUCAACGCGUGCUGUACCAAAUCGGAAUGACAGGAAUACCCAUAAUCAACGUCAACAACAACUGCUCUACUGGUUCAAACGCUUUGUAUCUGUGCAAGAAACUUAUAGAAGGAGGCGUCAUGGACGUAGGUUUAGCGUUGGGCUUCGAAAAGAUGAGCCCUGGUGCUCUCGGCAAUGGCGUGUUCACUGAUAGAGCCAAUCCUUUGGGCAAGCACAUAGAAAAGAUGGGAGAAAUCACAAAAGUUCUCCCCGGUAUACUUACUCCACAGUAUUUUGGUAACGCGGGAUUGGAACACAUGAAAAAGUACGGUACAACAGAGGUUCACAUAGCGAAGAUCGCAGCAAAGAACCACAGACACGGUACGAAAAAUCCCAGAGCGCAGAGUAAGAGGGAUUACACGAUCGAAGAAAUCUUGAAUUCGAGGAGGAUUUACGGUCCACUGACGAAAUUGGAGUGUUGUCCUACGAGCGAUGGAGCCGGAGCAGCCGUGCUGAUGUCCGAAGCGGCUGUGAUCAAAUAUGGUUUACAAAAUAAAGCAGUCGAAAUUAUCGGAAUGGAAAUGGCGACUGAUACACCCGAAGUUUUCGGCGAGAACAGUUUAAUGAAGAUUGCCGGCAGUGACAUGACGGCACUGGCAGCGAAGCGCAUUUAUGAGAAAACUGGAAUUUCUCCGAAACAAGUGGACGUGGUUGAGCUUCACGACUGCUUUGCGACAAAUGAAAUGAUUACUUAUGAAGGUCUGCAGUUGUGUGGGGAAGGGGAGGCCGGGAAGUUUAUUGAUGCUGGUGAUAAUACGUAUGGGGGACAGGUGGUGGUGAAUCCAAGCGGUGGUCUGAUAGCUAAGGGCCAUCCCUUGGGCGCGACGGGGCUGGCGCAGUGCGCGGAGCUAGUGUGGCAGCUCAGGGGAGAGGCUGGCGAAAGGCAGGUGAAAGACGCCCGCAUCGCUCUUCAACACAACCUUGGACUCGGAGGGGCUGUGGUCGUCACCAUGUACAAGAAAGGAUUCUCCAAUGUUACUCCAAGGCCACUCUCCAAGUUAUAAUUAUUAAAAUAAAUAAUUUACAUAUAUUCAU